GAAAUGCUUAUGCAGGUCAAAGAUGGAACAAACUGCUUCACUGUUUCUCAACACCUUGUUGAUUUCACACAUGGAGAGAUGGAGAUUCUUCCUAGCUGUUGUCUUCGGUGUUUUUACCGGCAGCCUUGAGCAGAUUUCUGGAUCAGUGCUGGAGAAGACCAUCAGACCAGGAGACAACAUCACUCUCUACUGUGACUGCAAAACGUCGACCGGAGUUUACAUAGUUUGGUACAGGAACUGCUCCCAUGAGAAUCAGCCCUCUCUUUCUCUGGGAACAAGAUUUACAUUUUAUCCAGAGAUGUACUCAAGAGGAUCAGCUCUUGAGAAGCUACAGAACCCUCUUCCUCAUUACCACUUAUUAAAAAAUGGGUCCUCUAAGUCCUACGACCUGCUGAUCACGAACAUCACGGAGUCUGAAGAGGGCCUUUACUACUGUGGAACUGAGCAGACAGAGGUAGAAGAAAAACAGAAAAUUACUCAAGGACAUGUUUACACCUAUGGAAAUGUGACAAGGGUCAAACUCAACUCCACUGCCCAGGUAUCUGGUCACCAUGAGGCUUGUGUGGGCUGCGAUCUGUGCUGGAUACUGCUGCUCUCUCUGUGUCCAGCUUUUGCCGUGUUCUCAUCCCUCCUCUCAUUUCUGCUGACAUACUGUUUAUUUCUGAAAAAAGCUAAACAUCAGGAUGAUGAGGUAAUCCAGACAGAUGGAAACGGACAGGAUGAAGAUGUGUGUUAUGCUGCUCUGGAAAUCCCUAAACCAUCACAGAGACCAAAGAGGAAGAAAACACAGAGUUGUGACUUCAGCACCUACUCUGCCAUCAAUACUUCAAGGAUGUAAUAAGCUUUAGGGAUUAACAAAAUCACAUUUUAUAAUGAACACAAUAUUGAUAGUGUAAACUUAUUUCGCUUCAUUCUGUUAUUCACUGCUUCCUAAUAAGAGGGUGGCAAAUAGCUUUAUCAUUAGAAUAACAGCCUAAGCCACUCUUUGAAAUGUAAUCGCCUUCUAGGAGAAUUUAAAAGCUAAUUAAAAAGGCAAUGUAUAAUUUUACAGUCAACAUGUUCACAUCUUUCUCAAAAAUGAAUAAAAAAUAUUUCUGUAUAAAUUAAA